AUGGCCCAGGACGAGAAGACGCCGACUGCCGCGGAGAAGGGCAAGGGCAAAGCAGAAGACGUUUCCAUGUCGAAUGGAGAGAAAGAUACACACACAGAUGGCAAAGAACCAAAGGAGGCAGAUGGAAAAACAGAUGCGCCCGCCGAAGAAGAGCUCAGCGAAGAGGACCAACAACUCAAGAGCGAACUAGAGAUGCUGGUUGAACGAUUAAAAGAAAACGAUGCCAGUUUGUACAAACCUGCGAUCGAAGCCAUCAAGAAUUUCAUCAAGACCUCUACGUCAUCCAUGACUGCCGUACCUAAGCCUCUGAAGUUCCUUCGACCGCAUUACGAUGAGCUCGCUGCUCUUUACGACAAGUGGCCGGCUGGGUCCGACCGGGACUCCCUCGCCGACAUGCUUUCGGUUCUAGGCAUGACAUAUGGGGACGAAGAGAAGCUAGAAACACUCAAAUACAGACUGCUUUCAAAGUCGGACGAUCUGGGCUCGUGGGGUCACGAGUAUAUCCGCCAUCUGGCCCUCGAAAUUGGCCAGGAGUACCAGAACCGACUUAACGAUGAGCGAGAGGUGGGAGAUCUCACGGAAUUGGCUCUUGCUCUUGUACCAUACUUUUUGAAACACAAUGCGGAAGCCGACGCGGUCGACCUGCUGAGCGAGUUGGAGAUGAUUGAGGAGAUUCCGCGAUUCCUAGACGAAAACACAUACUCCCGAGUGUGUCUCUACAUGGUCAGCAUGGUCAACCUGCUUACGUUUCCUGACGAUGUUGCCUUCCUCAAAACCGCCCACGAGAUAUACGUCAAAUACAACAAAUUGGCGCAGGCGAUGGUAGUAGCAAUCAGACUAAAUGACGAGGAGCUCAUUCGUCAGGAUCUGGAAUCAACAGAUGACAUGGCGCUGAAGAAGCAACUGGCCUUCCUGAUUGCGCGGCAGAGAAUUUACAUCGAGGUGCCUUCGGAGACAAAGGAUGAACAAGAGAUCGCUGAAUGCUUGGGCAACACACAACUACCAAACCAUUUCAAGACCUUGGCCAAGGAGCUGAAUAUUCUAGAGCCAAAGACGCCUGAAGAUAUCUACAAAACCCAUCUUGAGAGCGGGCGGGGAAGCUCUGCAGCCGCGGAUUCGGCGAAGCACAAUCUGGCCAGUGCCUUUGUUAACGCCUUCGUCAAUGCUGGCUUCGGGAAAGACAAACUAAUGCUGGUGGAGGACGACCAACGACCCUGGCUGUGGAAAACCAAGGACGAUGGCAUGAUGAGCACGGCUGCUUCACUCGGUAUGCUCAUGCAGUGGGAUGUCGAGGGCAGCUUGGACACCAUUGAUCGGUUCCAGCAGUUAACCGAAGAACCUGUUAAAGCUGGUGCGCUUUUAGCAUAUGGUAUAGUCAAUUCUGGAGUUCGAAUGGAAGGCGACCCAGUCAUGUCGUUGCUCAGUGAUGACGAUGUUCUCCAAAAUGGGAAGCCCUCUAUGAGACUCGCAGCCAUCAUGGGUCUCGGUCUGUCUUAUGCCGGAUCAAACCGAGAAGACCUCCUGGACUAUCUACUUCCCAUUGUCGAGGACAGCACCCUUGACAUGCAGUUGUCUGCUAUGGCCGCUGUAUCGCUUGGUAUGGUGUUCGUAGGUUCGUCCAACCACCAAGUUGCAGAGGCCAUUGCGACUCAAAUGAUGGACGAAGACCGUCAACGGCAGCUGAAGGACAAGUGGGCCAGAUUUAUGGCCCUGGGACUAGCGCUGCUCUACUUCGGGAAGCAAGAAGAGGUCGAUGUCAUUCUAGAUAUUCUGAAGGCCAUCGACCACCCUAUGGCAAUGCCUACUGCAACCCUUGCCUCCGUGUGCGCUUGGGCAGGCACUGGAGCUGUGCUGAAGCUUCAAGAACUUCUGCAUGUCUGUAACGACCCUAUUGAGGAGAAAGAAGAGACCACUGGCGAGCAACUGGUUCAAUCAUACGCUGUUCUUGGUUUGUCACUGAUAGCCAUGGGCGAGGAUGUUGGACAAGAUAUGGUUCUUCGACAAUUCGGUCACCUCAUGCAUUACGGAGAGGCCAAUAUUCGAAAAGCUGUGCCACUUGCAAUGGGUUUGAUCAGCCCCAGCAACCCACAGAUGAAAAUCUACGACACCUUGUCACGGUACAGCCACGAUAACGACAACGAUGUCGCCAUCAAUGCCAUCUUUGCCAUGGGCUUGGUCGGAGCUGGAACCAACAAUGCACGUCUUGCUCAGCUCCUGAGACAGCUUGCCAGCUACUAUCACCGAGACCAAAACUCACUAUUCAUGGUUCGCAUCGCCCAGGGCUUGGUACACAUGGGCAAGGGUACCAUGUCGCUCAACCCAUUCCACACCGACCGUCAAGUGCUGUCCAGAGUUGCCGCAGCAGGUCUUCUCACGGUUCUUGUCUCCCUGAUCGAUUCUAAGCAGUUCAUUCUCGCCGAUGCCCAUUAUCUACUCUAUUUCUUGGUCACCGCCAUGUAUCCCAGGUUCUUGAUCACCCUGGACGAAGACCUCAAACCGAUCACUGUCAACGUUCGUGUCGGUCAAGCUGUCGAUGUUGUGGGUGCUGCUGGUCGGCCAAGAACCAUCACUGGCUGGCAGACACAGAGCACUCCGGUUCUGCUUGCAUACGGCGAACGAGCCGAACUCGAAGAUGAGGAGUACCUGUGUCUGAGCAGCACUCUAGAGGGUCUCGUCAUCUUGCGAAAGAACCCGGAAUGGGAGAGUACCAAAUAG